GGUUGAUCACGCUAAUAGAUAAACCACCAAACUCAAACGACCUGUACUGGAAAAGAGCUAAACCGGUCAGUCAGUAUAAGGAAAUCCAUGUGUCGGUUAAUGUCGGUGUUGAUGAUGUCUGUAUGUGGGGAAUGAGUGCAGGGCGCUUCCUGCACUGAGUGUGAGUUAGGUACAGUGGUGUGAAUAUGUGGUGACUGUGGGCUCUGAAUGACCGAGUCUCGCGCAGAUCUCCUCCUCCGCCUCCGCGCGCCUGUUUGUGUGUUUGGAUAUCGUGUCUCCUCGCCGCGCCGCACGUGAGCUGAUUGUGUUUAAAAGGCAGAGCGCGCGAGAGCGGCGUGCCCACAGGGGAGCUCGCGCAGUGCAGCGCGGACAGAGUGCGGUGCUGCUCGCGCGCGGAUCACGGGGGGGCUCGCGACGUCCACGCGCACACACCAAGUACACGGACAGCGCUGUGAGACGGUGUGGGGAAGGGGGGGUUUCUUAACGGGGAGAAAUACGGAGAACCCCUUACCCCUUAAGUGUAUGAGUGUGAGUGUGUGUGGAGGACAGCAGCCCUAUUGAAGGGACAGCAGAUGUGAGCGGAGAGCUGCUUCCCGCGCCCGGGCUCGGCGAGCAUGAACAAGUCACCUGUGGAUGAGGCCAGUUUCCUCUCCAGAUACUUCUUCUGGUGGACAAACCCUAUUAUGCGAAAGGGUUUCAGGGAGAAACUGAGGCCAACAGAUGUGUAUCAAACGGCAUCACAAGACACAGCUGAUGUACUUGCAGAACGGCUUGAGAAGGAAUGGGACAGAGAAGUUAUCUCCGCGAAGAAGAAGCCCAGUCUCCUCCGAGCACUUUCCCGAUGCUUUAUUCGGCCCUUUCUGUUCUUUGGAGUUCUCCUCUAUUUGGGGGAAGCCACAAAAUCUGUACAGCCUCAGCUCCUGGGACGAAUAAUUGCUUCAUUCGACCCCUUCCACGAGCCAGAACGAGAGCAGGGCUACUUCCUGGCCUUCGGCCUGGGCCUUCUCUUUAUUGCUCGCUUCCUACUACUGCAGCCAGCCAUGUUUGGGCUGCACCACGUGGGCAUGCAGAUCCGCAUCGCCCUCUUUAGCUUAAUCUACAAAAAGACGCUGAAGCUGUCCAGUCGAGUUUUGGACAAGAUCAGCACAGGACAGCUAGUCAGCUUGAUGUCAGCUAACCUGGGCAAGUUUGAUCAGAGUCUGGGCAUGGCCCACUACGUCUGGAUUUCUCCUUUGCAGUGUAUACUGUGUGUGGGACUAAUCUGGGAGCUUAUUGAUAUUAACAGCCUCUGUGCCCUCGCUGCCAUCUCCUUACUGGGAGUCAUUCAGGCCUGUCUGUCCCAUAAAAUGGGCCCCUACAAAGCAAAAAGGAUACUGCUGACCAACAAGCGUCUAGCUCUGACCUCGGAGAUCAUGGAGAAUCUACACUCAGUGAAAGCCUAUGGCUGGGAGGACAUCAUGGAGACCAUCAUCAAGAACAUCAGACAAGAUGAGGUCAAGCUGACCAGGAAGAUUGGCUCUCUGCGCUACUUUUACAGUGCUGCCUACUUCUUCUCUGCCAUCUGGGUGAUCACUGCAGCAGUGGUGCCCCAAGCCCUCACCACCGGCAUCACUGUGCGGCGCGUCUUCACCACGCUGUCUUACUGCAUGGUGCUGCGCAUGACUGUCACCCGCCAGCUGCCUGCCUCUAUCCAGAUGUGGUAUGAUACCAUUCGGCUCAUCUGGAAAAUUGAGGACUUUCUCAGCAAAGAAGAAUACAAAAUGUUGGCGUAUGACCUCAGCAUCACAGACAUGACUCUAGAAAACGUCACAGCUUCCUGGGAUGAGGGAAUAGGGGAACUAUUUGAGAAGAUUAAACAGGAGAAUAAAGGAAAUGGUUAUCAGAAUGGAGACGGGCUCUUCUUCACCAACCUCUACGUAACACCUGUUCUUAGGAAUAUCAGCUUGCACUUACACAAAGGUGAAAUGUUGGCUGUGGCUGGCUCCACAGGAUCUGGAAAGAGCUCUCUGUUAAUGACAAUCUUGGGUGAGCUGGUCCCCUCCUCUGGAAAAAUCUGCCACAGUGGCCGGGUCUCCUUCUCCUCUCAGACUGCCUGGACGUUGCCUGGCACCAUUCGAGACAACAUCCUGUUUGGUCUGACCUAUGACGAAUUCCGCUAUACCAGUGUGGUCAAAGCAUGUCAGCUAGAGGAGGACCUGGCUACUCUUCCUGAGAAUGACAGAACACUUUUGGCAGAGGGUGGAAUAAACCUCAGUGGCGGUCAGAAGGCACGGGUGGCCCUGGCAAGGGCAGUGUACAGAGAUGCUGAUACCUACCUGCUGGAUGCACCUUUCACUCAUCUGGAUAUCGCAACAGAGAAAGAAAUAUUUGACAAGUGUGUGUGCAGACUCAUGGCCUCCAAGACACGGAUAUUGGUCACCAACAAAAUCGAGCACCUGAAACGGGCCAACAAGAUUCUGCUGCUCCACAACGGCGAGUCUUUCUUCUACGGCACCUUCUCAGAGCUGCAGUCCCAGCGCCCUGACUUCAGCUCCCUGCUGCUCGGCCUGGAGGCCUAUGACAACGUCAAUGCAGAGCGUCGCUGCUCCAUCCUUACUGAGACCCUUCGCAGAAUCUCUGUGGAUGAGAGUUCAGGGAUUCGCCCCGAUCGUUCUUCUUACAGACAGGUGGCUCCACCAGCCUACAAAGAUGAACGUAAAUCAUCUGUGAUCAUCAGUCCGCUUAUGGCUGACCGCAAGUCUUCCUUCACCCCUACUGGACUCGAGGAGGAAGUGAGGCGUCCACUGUCCGACCGCAGAAUCUCUCUAGUGCCUGAGAAUGAGCUGGUGGAUGACUGCUUCAUGGGGAACGAUACAUACCAUAAUCACGGCGUGCACCUGGCAGGCCAGAGGAGACAGUCAGUCCUAGCCUUUAUGACAAAUGCACAGGGCCAGGGUAGACGGGAUCAGCUCCAGUCUUCCUUCCGCCGCCGCCUGUCCAUAGUGCCCCAGAGCGAACUUGCCUCGGAGGUGGACAUCUACGCCCGCCGACUGUCCAAGGACAGCAUGUAUGAUAUUACUGGAGACUUGGAUGAGGAGAACAUUGAGGCGUGCCUUGCAGACGAACAAAUUGAAAACGUCUUUGAAACCACAAAAUGGAACACAUAUGUCCGAUAUGUGACAUCCAACAAAAGUCUAAUUUAUGUUCUAAUCUUUAUUCUCGCCAUCUAUGCUGUAGAGGUGGCAGGAUCUGUUGCUGGGAUUUUUUUGAUAACCGAUGAGGUCUGGAAAGAAGAGAAUCAGAUGUUCGCCCUGAACACCACAAACACUGAAAAAGCCAACGUAUCCCUGGCAAGCUCACAGUAUGCUGUCAUCGUUCGCCCCACCAGCAGCUACUAUAUCAUCUACAUCUAUGUGGCCACUUCAGAGAGCAUAUUAGCUCUGGGCUUUUUCAGAGGGCUUCCCCUGGUCCACACCAUGAUCACCAUCUCCAAGAAACUGCACCAGAAAAUGUUGAGUUCUGUGCUGAGGGCACCUAUGUCCAUUUUGAACACCAUGAAGACAGGUUCUAUCAUGAACAGAUUCACAAAAGACAUGGCCAUCAUAGAUGACAUGUUGCCUCUGCUAAUGUUCGACCUUGUCCAGCUGACCCUGGUGGUGAUUGGAUGCAUUCUGGUGGUGUCCAUCAUGCGGCCCUACAUAUUUCUUGCAGCUACACCCUUGGCCCUCAUCUUUAUUGUGAUGAGGAAGUACUUCUUGCGAACGGGGCAGCAGCUGAAACAAAUGGAGACAGAAGCCCGGAGUCCCAUCUUUUCUCAUCUCAUCAUUUCCCUGAAGGGCCUGUGGACGAUCCGGGCGUUCGACCGGCAGGCGUAUUUUGAAACCCUGUUCCACAAAGCCCUGAAUACUCACACAGCGGUCUGGUUCCUCUACCUCUCCACCUUGCGCUGGUUCCUAUUCCGUGCUGACAUCAUCUACGUCUUCUUCUUCACCCUUGCUGCCUGGAUUGCUGUUGGAACCAACCAGGAUAAACCAGGGGAGAUUGGUAUCAUAGUAGCCCUGGCAAUGCUCAUUCUGGGUACCUUUCAGUGGUGUGUCGUCACCAGCAUUGCAGUGGAUGGAAUGAUGCGGUCUGUGGAGCGUGUCUUCAAGUUCAUCGACUUGCCGUCCGAGGAGCCCAAACCAAAGCUAGGCCAAAGAAACGUCUCAGACCUGGUCAUCGAGAACCCAGACACUUCCAACGAGGCUGCCUGGCCCAGCCACGGUCAGAUGGACGUGCAGAAUUUGACGGUCAAAUACACAGAGUCUGGGCACGCCGUGCUCAAGAACCUCUCCUUCGCCGUGGAGGGUGGACAGAAGGUGGGAAUACUGGGCAGAACAGGUUCUGGGAAGAGCACUCUGCUUAGCGCACUCCUGCGACUGGCCUACACAGAUGGAGAAAUGUCCAUCGAUGGCGUGUCCUUUAACAGCAUGCCCCUGCAGAAGUGGCGCAAGGCUUUUGGUGUGGUGCCUCAGAAAGUUUUUAUCUUCACUGGUUCGUUCCGUAUGAACUUGGACCCCUAUGGUUGCCACAGUGACGAGGAGUUGUGGAGCGUUGUUGAGGAGGUGGGCCUUAAGUCAGUAAUUGAGCAGUUUCCUGAUAAGUUAGACUUUCAGCUGGAGUAUGGGGGCCACGUGCUGAGCUAUGGACACAAGCAGCUGAUGUGUCUGGCCCGGUCUAUCCUCAGCAGGGCUCGUAUCCUGCUGCUUGAUGAACCCAGUGCCCAUCUCGACCCACUGACAGUGAAGGUACUGAAGAAGACGCUGAGGCAGUCCUUCUCCACCUGCACCAUCUUAAUGUGUGAACACAAGGUGGAACCACUGCUCGAGUGCCAGUGUUUCCUGAUGAUGGAGCAGGGUAAAGUGAAGACCUACGACUCGAUCCAGAGACUCCUGAAUGAGACCAGCCAGCUGAAGCAGGCCAUGAGUCCAGCUGAGCGCCUCAAACUCUUCCCCCGGCGCAACUCCAGCAUGCAUGUAGCUCAGCCCAAACUCAGCUCCGUCACACUCACCCUGCAGGAGGAAGCAGAGGACGACAUCCAGGACACUCGCCUCUGAGACCCCUCACCUCCGAGACCCCUAAAGACACUAAACAGAGACUCCUUCAUGAGGUCAGUGAGGGGAGUCGCAUCUCAUUCUGUCCAGGAGGAAGACUUUUCACAUUGUGGACAGAGUUAUUAACGAAGCGGGACUUAUGAACUUGUUUAAGAUGGUGGUACAGUGGACACGUGAAGCAUUGGAACUGUUUUUAUAUAUGCUGUUAAUGUAACUUAUGGUACUUAAGGAUUUUUAGAAGGGGCCACACCAAGACCCUUCAGUUCAGCUGUAAACCUCCCUCUUAACUUAUUGAGCCGAUGUAGGACCACGCGUCUUCCUAUAAUAGCUCUUCUGUAAAUCACAUAACUGGAAAGGCAGUCAUUUUCCUUUUAUUUUUUAUUUAGAUAUUUUAAGAAACUAUGCACAAACUGAAUUUAUGUAAUAAUUGUGUGUUUUUGUUUUGCUUAGGUGUAAAUAGAUGAACAAUGUUUCUGUAAACAUUGGAUAUUUUUAUAUAACAACUACUCUCUCAUUAUUGUUUGUUCAAAGCCAAAGAUGGAUACAGCGCACAACAUUCUGUCCAUUGACUGCAUAUUUCUGCUCCCUGGUUCGUUUUUUUUAAUGGGGAAAAAAAAACAAAACAAAACAAAACAAAAAAAUAAAUCACAGGAUGACGAUGUCCUCAAGAA